AUGCCAUCUCCAAUCCCCCCCACGCGGCUGUUGCCGAAGGAGUUUGGGUCAAAAUUUGGGGCGUGCAGCAGCCCACUGAUCGCCAAGUACGCCAGUGAGUCGACGCUUCGGGUUCCCGCAAACACAUUCCACACCAAGGUUGUCAGUAGGUUGUCGUCACCGGUGAUUAAUUGGCGUGAGCUGACAUCCCUGGAACCAAUCGGAUCCGGUGGAUUCGGGUCUGUCUUUAAAGGCAAGUAUUUUGGUGAGACAGUUGCAGUGAAGAAAGUUAAGAAGAGCUCAAAGAACAAACUAGCCUCGAGGCAAAGUUUCUGGGCAGAGCUGAACGCAGCGCAUCUACGCCAUAAAAACAUUGUGCGCAUAAUAGCGUCUACAACAAGUACUCCGUCGGAUGAAAUGGAUCAAGACUACAUUGGAACCAUCUUUAUGGAGUUUGCCGGAAACAUGAACUUGCAACAAGUUAUUUAUGGUGUCAACGACCCACUUAAUCCGGAAACCUGCGUCAAAUACUCUGCAGACAUAGCCUGCGCGCUCCAGUACUUGCACGCACAUAGUGUCGUCCAUCUGGACCUGAAACCUGCCAACGUUCUGGUCUCAGAUACCGGGGUGUGCAAACUGGCGGAUUUUGGUUGCUCUCUUAAACUCGAGAGCAAAGCUGGCUUGAUGCCCCGUUUGAGUCAUAUAGGUGGGACAUAUACCCACCGUGCGCCUGAGCUACUGAAAGGUGAUGAGGUUACGACACGCGUAGAUAUCUACUCUUUUGGUAUAACAAUGUGGCAGCUUAUCGCCCGUGAGUUUCCUUAUGAGGGCGACCGACACCACAUUCUCUACGCUGUUGUUGCCUAUAAUCUGCGCCCAAAGAUCACUACAGAAGUUUUUACGGAGUCCGCGUUUGGACUCAGUUGCAGAGCGCUUGUGUGUCGAUGCUGGAGUGGGGACCCAAAUCUCCGACCAAGCGCCGAUCAGCUUCUCUCAGACUUGGCACUGAUCCAACUGUAA